AUGUUGGGACUUUUCACUUGGGCUCUCGUGGCCCUGACUCCAUGGGUACAGGCGGCAAUUCCACUGGUAGCUUCACCGUACGUUGAAGAUUCCGACACUGCCUUCCCCAGUCGCCCCGGCGUCGAGCCCUUCACCUUGCGACUCGGCCAUGAUACAGCCAGUGUUUGCAACAGUUCGACUCCGGGCACUUCUGGCUUCAUUACUUCCAAGGACAGACGUGGAGGCCAAAACUCAAUCUUCUUCUGGUUCUUUGAAAGCAAGCACGAUCCCGAAUCAGACCCCGUGAUUCUGUGGAUGACUGGGUAUGGUACCUAUCUACCACCGCUGAACUGGACCCCAAUUGACCUGAUUUGCUUGAUAUCUAGUGGCCCAGGUGCGUCAUCCGUGGGCUAUGGACACUUGAUGGAACUAGGACCGUGCCGUAUAGCUCCUGAAGGUGAAUAUACUGUUGAGAAUCCAUUCGGGUGGAACAACAAUGCCACUCUCCUGUUUGUCGAUCAACCAGUGGGAGUAGGUUAUUCCCGCGGAGAGCACAGCUCGCAGGGUCUUCACGAUGCCUCCACAACUAUGGACCAAUUCCUACGCCAGUUCAUAGUCGCAUUCCCCAAUCUAGCCGAUCGAGACUUUUACAUCGCGGGCGAAUCUUACGGCGGCUCAUGGGUUCCUGCUCUUGCAACUACGAUACUGCAAUCUCAGAGCGAAACCAGCGACGGCGCGGAACGUAUACAAGUCCAAGGAGAAGGCUGUGGUGCUGCUCCGGCCUCACACGACCCCGACAACAGUCCACGGAUCAAUCUGAAGGGCGUUAUGAUCGGCAAUGGCCUCAUCCGACGAUCGAUACAAAACAUUGGCUUCUUCGAGACCGUCUGCAAUGAACCUGACAGCUUGUUCAACACAUCUCAAUGCUUGCAGUGGGCUCCUCGGGCCAUGUGGUGCGAAGAGAAUCUCGGUAUUUGUGAGACCGACGGCAUGAAAUCUCCUGUCUGCAAAGAAGCCGAGACCAAGUGCAGCGCAAUCAGCAGAGUUGUCGUAGAAGACAUGCACCGCAACCCGUAUGACUUCCGCCAAGAGUGCCAUGACCCUGCAGCUUGUUACCCAGAGAUGCAGCACAUUGAUGAGUAUCUAAACAGAACUGAUAUCAAGCAAGCCCUCGGUGUCCCAAAAGAUGUGCCCUUUGUAGGUAUAUCCUUCGAUGUUCUAGAGCAGUGGGAUCGGGUGGGCGACCUGUGGAAGUCGAGCGACGAUUACGUCAACUAUCUGCUCAAAUCUAAUAUCCGUGUUCUUAUCUACGUCGGGGACAAAGAUCUAUACUGCAACUCGGCUGGAAUGCGUCUCCUCGUUGACCGGGGUCUGAGCUGGGACGGUCAACCCUUUAUCCGAUUCAGGGAAUUGAUGCCUUGGUACGUCGGAACAAAGGCAGCUGGUCGAUGGAAGUCAUAUGAGCCUCUUACGUAUGCCGAAAUCUCCGAUGCUGGGCACAUGUCGCCGUUCGACAAGCCCGAGGAGGCCCUGACUCUGAUCAACGCCUGGAUUCAGGGAGGGCUUCCGAGCUCGUAG